AUGAUUGUAAAUCAGUUGGUCAGCAUGUCAUCAAAACAGGCAUCUGACCCAUCUGGGGACUACAUUAGUGGUCGAGCAACAAUAUUGAAUCGCCUCAUAUUAGGCCUCUCAUUUUCACAAACGACAACCAGCCCAAGUUCCUCGUAUCACAUCACAAAUGGACAAGUCACCUCUUCUUCUGUGUUCUCGCGAGAAGGUCUACUUGAUGCCAUUACUCUCCUCCACAAAGAUUCCCAGGAGAGGAAGAAAGAUCCAAAUGUGGCAGCAUUCAUUCGACGUUGCUCCUCUAUGGCUCCUACUAUUGAUCAUCUUCGUGUGAAGAAAAGUGACUUUGAGAUCAAGAAGCUUAUUGGAAAGGGGCGUUUUGGUGAGAUCCAUGUUGUUCGGGAAAGGGCAACAGGGCAUGUCUAUGCCAUGAAGACCAUCCUAAAGGAAGAUGCUCUGCCUGAAAAUAACCUGUGCUGCUUUGAAGAAGAGAGGGACAUAAUGGCUCGAUCCCAGAGCCCUUGGCUUACUGCUCUUCAAUAUGCCUUUCAUGAUAAUCAGAAGCUUCAUCUGGUCAUGGAAUAUCAUCCAGGUGGUGAUUUUUUGAGUUUGAUGCAGACCCAGGGACCUUUUCCAGAAAAGAAGGCUCGCAUAUAUAUAGCAGAGAUAAUAUGUGCUGUGAAUGACCUUCACAAUAUGGGAUAUGUCCAUCGGGACCUCAAGCCAGAGAAUAUCCUGGUGGAUCGAACAGGACAUUUGAAGCUGGUUGAUUUUGGAUCUGCGGGACUGAUGGAUAAAGAUGGCUUUGUGACAACCCAGUUUCCCAUUGGAACUCCUGGCUAUCUUGCUCCAGAGGUUCUUGAGAGUAUUAACGACCUCACAACCCGAGAUUCUUGUUCACUACGUUGUGGUAGAGAAGUGGAUUACUGGUCAGUUGGAGUCAUUGCAUAUGAAUUGCUUACCAACAAACACCCCUUUGAAGCAGACAACUCUUCAAGGACCUAUGCCAACAUCAUGAAUUUCAAAGAACGUCUGAGGUUCCCUGGAGAGAAGGAUUCCAUCCAGAUAUCCAACACAUCUCGGGGCUUGAUCAAAGGGCUCCUGUCAGAGGUGUCGAAUCGACUAAACUAUGAUGCUCUUGUCGUUCAUCCCUUUUUCCAUCAGCUUGACUGGAAGAACCUCCGCUAUGGUCUGGCUCCAUGUAUCCCAGUCGUUCUUGGCCAAGAUGAUACAUCCAAUUUUGAUGAGGUGGUCCUGAAAAACCUUCCUCGAUCUGAAAUUCAGAAAGGUCCACUUGGCAACUCUAACCUGUCACUGACACGAGAACUGCCAUUUGUUGGAUUCUCUUUCACUCGCCUUCCCUGUAACAGCUUGCGCCAAGAGCGACGAGCCAGCAGCAUAGCGGUGAAUGCUUCAGCUGUUUUUGAUGAGAAGGCAUAUGAACGAGAAAUCCAGGAAUUAAAACUUAAGCUUUCUAAGGCUGAGAAAGCCAAAGAGGCCAGAAUGAAGGAAAAUGAGGACUUGCUUGCAAACCUGAAAAAGGCUGAAGUAACAGCAGAUGUUACCUUGGACAAUUUUGAAUACUGCAAAAAGGAAUGUGACAACCUGAAAACUGAGGUUCAGCGCCUCACAAAUGAGCUGGAGAGGGAGAAGGCAGAGCAGAUGUGCAUUGAGAAGCGAGCCAUGAAGCUUUUGGAUGACAUCAAGAAGAAAUUCAAGAGAGAAGAAGAACAGCGUGUGGAAAACUUGGUCAAGAAUCUUGAGGAGGCCAGCAAAGAAUGUGACCGCCUGAGGAAUCAUGCAAAAGCUUCUUCAGAAGAGAUGCUUCAAUUUCAGGACAUAAUCAAACAUCUCCAAGAAGAAAAGCUCCAGUUGCAGGCUCAAAUUCAUGCCCUGGAAUGUGAUCAAAGCCAGGUAGCUACUUUGACCCAGAAGAGGAGAAGGAGCUUAUCAAGUCCAUCCAAGUCGAGCUUGGAUUCCCGCCUAGACCGAGCUAUUUCAAAGAUGAUGGACCUCAGCAGCCAAUGUGAAGCACAAUUUUCCAUACGUUCACAGUUGCAGAAAACAAUUGAAGAACAAGUUCAGAAGGUUGAAUCAUGUGAGACAAAGGACCUUCAGAAGAGCUCUAGAAAGCUGGAGGCUGAAUUGAGAAAGAUUAAGGAGGAGUUGAAGGAUACAAUGGCAGAAAAGGAAGCAAUAGUCCAGUCCUUGAGUGCUGACAAACAGAAAUUUGAACAGGAGGCAGAGAAAGCACAAGUCACUCGGCAAGAUUUGGAGAGUACCAUCUCUCGGCUGGAAUCUCGAGAAGAUUCCCUGAAACAGGAGAAAGAUCAAAUGCAAAUUGUGAUUCAAAGAAUGGAGGAAAAGAUGCAGAACUUCUUCUCUCGUUACAGUGCAACCAGUGGAGACCGGAACGAGAACCAAGUGUGGAAGGCCCAGAUUGAACGCUUGGAGCUCCAGCGUGAUCAAGCCAAGGAAAAGGGAGUAUUGGAAAAGAAGCGAGCUGAUGAUUUAGAGGAUAAGCUGGCAUUAACCGAAAAGGCUUUGAGCACUGCCCAGCUGGAUCGACGCAUGUAUGAGCGCAUGCUUCGGGAUGCAGAGGCAGAAAAUAAGAACCUGAAGAAGAAGGAGAGUGAGCUGGAAGCAGCACUUCGUGCUGCUGAGUCAUCAGUCAAGAAGAUCAAGAUGGCUGAACAAGAAUUGAAUGAUGUCAUUUCUGAAGCAUCAAAUGUUGUGACUGAGAAGAACAAGGAAAUUGCAGCAUUAAAGCAGAAAAUGCAGGCUGAUAUGGAGACCCUGAACCAAGAAAAUUCCUCACUGAAAUCAGAAGUUCAGCUCCUGCAAGGGCGCUUGAGCAAGAUUACUGAAAUGGAACAAGAAACAAUGGCACUUGAACUCAAGCGCAAGUUCAUUGAGGAGCAUCUUCAUGAUAUACAGGGCAGCAGGGAUGCAUUAUUGUCUGAGAAGACCAGUCUCAAUGCUGAGUUGCAGCAGGAGAAGAUUGCUGUCAGAAAGCUUCAGAAAGAAGUAGAAGGUCUGAAGAAGAUACUGACCCUCCAAGAAGAUGAUAUCCAAGGAUGGGAGAAACUUCAGAAGGAAAAUGAGAGGAAGAUUCAAGACCUUGAGAGCCAAAAGAAAGCCCUAGAAGAGCAGUUGGUUGCCCAACAGGAGGAAGUGAAGUCUACUAGGGCGAUUGUGAAUGAGGAGAAGUCCCUCAGAAUCUAUGAUGAGAAGAAAUGGAAAGACAUUGAACGAGAUCUGCAAAUGAGAGCCACAGAAUUGGAAGGGGAGCUGGAAUUCCUUCGGAAGUCGCUGGAGGAUCGUGAACAAGACCUUGCAUUGAAGGGCAAGGAAAUUGCCAGUUUGCGUGAAGAAUUGAAUUCAACCGAGGCCUCUCAUGCUGUGAAGAACAACACAGUGGAGCGGCUGUCAGUAGAAAUGACUAGAUUGAAAGGAGAGGUGACGGAGUUGAGACUUCGCCUCUAUGACGAAGAGAAGGCCAAAGAGCAGGCUCUGACUCAUAGUGCUGCUAUAGCUAAUGACCUGGAGGAAGCUCGUGGGAUCCUUCAAAGUACACAAGCCAAAGUUGAUGAGCUGGAGUAUCAGCUGGACAAGUUGGAAACAGAGUCAACGCAAGAUAAACUUCAAAAGGAGGAACAGAUCUCUCAAUUAAUGAAGCUAGUGGAACACAUGCACAAAGAGGAGCCCAGCAAGAAGCGGAAGGGUGGAUUGCAUUUCUUUGGCUCUGGUCGACCAAAAGAAAACGUGACUCCAUUGAUGACUCCUAAGAGGGAAGUCCACACACUUCCUCUUGCCAAUUCAAUGGCACCUCCUUCACCGUCACCUGCCAGGCACCAGCCUCAAACACCCUCAGUGGCAGCAUCUAAGAUGCCUCGAGGAACUCCCAUGACGAUGCCCAUAUCCCCCCAAUCAAGAAAGGCCCUGGCUCCAAUGGCAAAGUCUCCUGUGAAAGGACUGAGUACUCCUGUCACCCAGCGACUUAGACACAACAUUCCCCAUAAAUUUCAGCCUCUUGUCCAAAUGAAAAGCACAACAUGCAGGGGAUGCUUGUCCUCCAUCUCCAUUGGCCGACAGUCAUCUAAGUGCCAAUCUUGUGGCAUCUCUGUCCAUCCACAAUGCUGUGAUAAGCUGAAUGUUGAGAGCCCAUUCUGUGGCCUCACAUCUGAGAUGGUGGCUCAGAUUGCUGAACUCUCUCAACCUCCACCAGACUCCUCUUCAAGGAAGUAUAAGGACCUCAAUGAAAAGGAAGAUGAGCCCUCAGUUCCAAUGAAGAGGGGAGAUAUAAAAAUCCUAAACUCGAAGAAAUGCUGGGUACCACGACACCUAACCCUGGACUCGACAGUGGUCAUGAUGCAUUUGCAAGAACCACAAUCUGGUUCUGUUAUGUCUCCCUUAUCAGAAACUCUGGAUCUAAUCCCACUUUCUGGAUUCACAGCUGUCACUGAAUCAGUUGAUAACUCAGAACUUCCCAGUGUCCCAUCCACAGAUCUACCUUUUGUUUUCAAGGUGGAGCAAUAUGAGUUUGGCCAGGCAUUUCCAAAGGAGCAAAUCUUCUUCCUGGCACCAUCAUAUCCUGUAAAAAAGGCAUGGGUUGCAACCCUAGAAGGCAUUCUUGCACUUGCCAGGAAGCCCCAGGAUGAUCUACCUGUUCGAGAGCCUCAACUUCUUUGCUCUGUCAUCAUGCCUGUUCACUGUGCCCUUGUUCUCAAUGAUAAGCUUCUGAUGUUGGGAACACAGGAGGGCAUAGUUUCGGGACAGGUGCCUGCCCCAAAUGGAGAGCCAGUGGAACUCACUUGCCUCUUUAAGGGGAUUGAUGAAGUUCAUUCCAUGCAGCCUCUAAUACUGAAGUGGGAUGUGACAGCAUACACGUUUGUCAAGAAGCGAAUUUUCCCCAUCAGUGGGCCAUCACCAGCUCUCCUCUUCCAUGAAGAGUCUGUCCUUGUCUGCAUGAAUGGCAUCAAAAGGAUUGAUCUCAAGGACUGGUCUUGUACUGAGUUUUUGGAUGAGGGAGACAAGAGUCUUCGCCCUUUGUCAUGGGACUCCCAGCGCAAGGUUCAACAGAGUCCUAUUGGCAUCUUCCAUGUCUCCAAAACUGAACUCCUGGUCUGCUUUAGACAGGGUGCAGUGUUUGUCAAUAGUCAUGGCCGUAAGAGUCGGCGAGGGGAACUCUGUUGGAACCGUCUUCCCACUGACAUUGCAUUUCAUUGUCCUUAUAUCUUCACAUUCCACUACAAUGGCAUUGAGGCCUUGAAGAUAGACAAAUCCACCUGUACACAGGAGGGCUCUCAGCCUAUCUUCAAACCUCUGGAACUCAAUAAUCCUCGAAUCCUUGGUGCCAAAGAUGUGGAUGGCCUUCUGGUUGGAUGUGAGGAUGAUGAAGGCAGUGAUUCGACGAGGAUGAACGUGUUGCGGAUCCAAGGACGAGACUUCUUCCGUAUUCCCAGCUUGGAGAGCCUGAUUUCUGAUUGCAGUCCACCUUCCUCAGUUAGAAAGCCACUGAAGAGAAGGCCAGAGGAGGAGGAAGAGGAGGGUGAUUUCAGUUUCACAGAGUCUCUUAUGGAAGAACUGAAGGAUUCAUUAUCAGGAGCAUCUUCUCCUACAGACAAUGGAGCUCCUCCAAUGAAAAAAAUGGGUGACUCUGAGCAAUCCAAUGCUCUGAUGGCAAAGAUCGACAAUGCCCGCAAUGUGGCUCAGCUCCUCAAGGCUGUCAAUUUCAGAGAUACUGCAGUGGUCUACGUGUCAUCCAAUGGGUUGAAGGUGACAGUGGAGGAAGCUAAAUGUGUUCAAGCAAAUGCCUUCAUCCAGUCAGACUUGUUCCAGCAGUUCUUUCUUCGAGACGCCGAGGACACCCUGGUGUUCCGCAUCAACCUCUCCUUCUUCCUUCACUGCCUCCAAAUGCUGGGGGCAUCUCCUUCAUCACCAGGAAUGAGCACUGCCCUUAAGAUGUGUUAUGCUGAACCUGGUGCCCCCUUACUUCUCAUGUUAUGCUUGCAAUUGCAGAUCGACAUCCCAAAGACUUCGCCGAUCGUGGAGUCGUUCACGUGCACCAAGGCCACAUCGAAUGCUUAUCGACUGACCCUGGUGAGAUUGUGCAAUCGGGCGUUGAGCACCGCUCAGAAGGUUUCUCUUCAGGUGGAUGAUCGUGGCUUCCUCUGCUUCCAGUUCAUGCUACGAUCGGAGGAAGGGAAACCGUGCAUCGUUGACUUUUUUUGCUGCCCCGAGGAAGAAGACGAAGACGACAUGCGGGCCCCUCCUUCUCAGCCUCCCAACAAGGACUCCAGGAUUCGAUCUACUCUUGCGACGGAACCGCUGCUCCACGGACAGCAGGAGCAUCGGCUGCUUCAUUAA